AUGGAUGUUGUUGAAGCAUUUUUUCACAUUUAUGUUUUUGCUUCUAGUACUUAUUGCCGAGGUGGUGGUACAAUAGAACUUUUGUACAAUAGAGCUUUUCAAGUAGAAGACGAGGAGAAUAUACUAUUUUGGCACUUUUUUAAAACGGAUCGUUGCCUCUCUUGUCUAGAAAAUCCAAACCAUCCUAAGCAUCUUGUUGUGUCUAUUGCAAAUUUCACAUAUCUUAUGUUGCCACAGAUGCAGCCUUUGGUGCCUGGUCAUUGUUGUAUUCUACCCAUUCACCAUGAAUCAGCUACAAGAACGGUAGAUGAUAAUAUGUGGGUAGAAAUCCGAAACUUCAAAAUUAUGAUGUUUGCAAAACAAGAUAAGGAAGUGGUGUUCCUUGAAACUGUGAUGGGAUUGGCUCAGCAACGGUGCCAUUGUAUGGUUGAGUGCAUUCCUUUACCCAAACAUAUUGCUAAACAGUCUCCUUUAUACUUUAAGAAGGCAAUUGAUGAAGCAGAAGACACUAAGAUAUUCUAAUAGAGCCAACACAAUGCCAAAAGACUCAUUCAUACAAGUGAAAAGGGUUUGCGCAACUCAAUUCCCAAGGACUUCCCAUAUUUUCAUGUCGAAUUUGGGAUAAAUAGAGGUUUUGUCCAUGUCAUUGAAGAUGAGAAGUUGUUUAACCAUAACCUAGGAUUGAAUGUCCUUAGAGGAAUGCUGCAUUUGGAUGAGUACAGACGUCAAAGGUACACAUCAAUGGAGGUACAAAAGCAACAUGUUAUUAACUUUUCCAAACAAUGGCAACAGUUUGAUUGGACAAAACAACUACAUUCACAUUUUUCAAAUUAUAGUUAUAGUCUCAUAAAAACAAAUCAUGUAUUGUAA